GAUCAGUACUUCAAUUAAGCCGUCAAUCAGUCCAUAAGUUUUUACGGGAGCUCACGACCCACGGGCCCACGCAGCAAACGCUUGCUGACGCCAAAAUUCCCGAAUCAGUGGCCUCGCGCUGUCGUCUCUCCCAGUAUUGCAAGCUGGCAUAGCGAGCAUUGAGCGGACGGCGGCUUUCUGACUAGCUACCACACCGCGGAGCUUGCCAGCCGUCACACCGCUCGCAGCCUUUCUCCUACCUCCUCCAAACUCCACCAACACAAAGCGCAUCACCUGGUGUAGCUAGCGCCGCCGCCCUCGCUGCUGCUGCUGCUGCCCAUCCAGCCGCAUGGCCCGCUGGCCUCUGCAGCCGGUGGUGAAUGUGGGGCUGCAGAUCCUGCUGGCCAUAGGGCUGGGCUGGGCGCUGGUGGCGGCGCGGGUGCUCGACGCGGAGCGCUACAUGCCGCAGGUGAACACGCUGGUGUUGUGGGUGGGCAUCACCUCGCUCAACGGCUACUACCUCGGAGUGAAGCUGCAGCUGUUUGAUGCCGAGGCAUGGAGGUCGCUGGCUGCCUACGUGCUGUGGAUCUGUCUGACGCAGCUCGGCAUUCUCGUCUACUGCCUCGUGCGCGCCCGGCUGCGGGCUGGGAGGGGGGCUGCCAGCUGUAGCCAUCGCGGGCACCGCGGGCGCCAACAGGCGCUAGACAAGCAAGAGGCGGGGGCGAAGCAGCAGCAGAAGCAGAAGCUCAGUGGAGCUGGCUUCGUGCAGAACGGCCACAGCUACAGCCACGUCCAAGGUCACUUGCAGAAAGUCGCUGGCAAUGGCAGUAGCAACGGUGGUUGCAGCGGCAGUAGCGGCAGCGCCAGCAGUGGCGGCGGCGGCACACACAGUGUCUGUAGCAGCUCGCUGGGCGCCCAGCCAGAAGGCGACAGCACUGACGGCGGCGGCGGCGAUAGCAGUGGCGGCGGAAGUAAUGACGGCGGCGGGGGUCUGCUGCGUGAGGCCGGGCUGCUGACGCUGCUUCUGACUGCCAACAACUGCGGGAUGAUCGGCCUGCCCAUCAUGGACGCCACGUACGGCAGUGGCGGCCGGCGUCUGGCGCUGCUCACAGGUAUCCCGGUGAUGCUGUGGGUGGUACCCUUCGCCAUCUUCACCUUCGAGCUGCACAAGGCCCGCAGAAGCGCCGCCGCCGCCGCCGCAACCGCUACAAUGCAGGCGGCAGCAGCUGGUAAUGGCGGCGACGACGGCGGCCAACAACCACCACAGCUGUUUGGCAUGGAGCAGCCGCUGCUGCUGCCCGGCUCACAGCCGCGGGUGUCACGUGAUGCCGCAGACGCUCCAACCGCUGCUGCAACCGCCGCUGCUACUGCUGCUAGUGGCUCUGCUGGGCCUUACGAAGGCAGUAGCAGCAGCCGUGGCGGCCGCCUCCUCGGUGCUGGAGGCGCGCUACUGCGGCGGCGCCGGAGCACCUCCGCCGCCGCCUGGUCGUCUUCGGAGGUGCUGGCUGGUGCAGCGGGCGGCGGCGGUGCGGCGGCGGCCGCGGGCGGGGGCGGACGGACAUCUAUUGAGAUCUUCAGUCGGGGACCGUCGUCAGGUUACAACGGUAUUGCGGCGCCGGAUCAGCGGCGGACUGCGACCCCGCGUCCUUCGCGGGACGGCGCUGACAGCCGCCGCAGCAGCAUCAGCACGGCCACUGCCGCCAUCAACACACCUGCCGACCUGAUCUCCAGCCCGCCGGUCACUCCUUCAUUUCGUGCUACUGCCGCCAACUCCGCUGCAGCCGCAGUAGCAGCAGCCGCUGCGCGUAACCGUGUGAGCCCAUUUGCGCAAUGGGCCGGUUGCGGCGCCGCCGCCGUGGGCAGUGGAGAUGGCAGUCAGGCGGCUGCUUGGGGCAGCGGCGCUGAUGGCGCCGCCGAUGCCAGUGGUGAAGUCAGCUGCCGCGGCUCAGCAACAAGGACAGGAGUGGCAGUGGCAGAGCGCCCGGCGGUGGCGACGGCGGCGGCUGUUGAGGCGCCCGCUGACCUCACAAUGCCCGGCCAGGCUCUGGUUGCAGCGGCUAGUGGCAGUGAUGCAGGCCGUGGCGGUGAUGGACCGCAAGCGCCGCCGCGUGGCACAGCAGCUACAGCCGCUUAUGUUGGCAAUGGCAGUAACAACAGCAGUGGCAGUAGCACUCAGCCUGCCGCGCCGCCGGUUUCCAAUGUGCUGGCUGCUACUGCCUCAGCCGUCGCGUCGCCCUUCGCCACCCUGAGUGUGCUCGCGGCUGUCCCACCUGGUUACGGCAGUGGUGGCGGCACUGCGCCGCCACAGGCCCCGGCGGCCAGGCGCGCUGGCUCCGGCGGCGGCAGCGUGGCAGCGGCGGCGGCGACGCCUCUUCCGCCGCUGUCAACUGUGCCAUCCGGUGACGAGGAGGCGGUCUUGCCACCUGUGCCGGAGGGCAGCUCUGGCGAGUUUCCCAUAAAUAUCUAUGACACCGUCGGCGGAAGCCCUGAAAGCGUCAGGGGCCCUGAGCCACCGCCACAGCCUUAUGACACCUUCGACGGUGACGCGGAGGGCCCGCCGCAGCCGCAGCCGCAGCCGUCCCCUGGCGCCGCCAUGUCAGCCGCUCUGUCACUGGGCUCGGGACUGUCGCUGCCACUGCCGCUGCCACGGCCUGGCGGCGGCAGUGCUCAGCAGGCCACUCCUCGCGGCACUCGUGGCGGCGGCGCCGCCGCCGCCGCGACUCCCAGCGCUGGGCCGGCAGCGGGAAUGGCGCCGGCGGCGGCGCAGCUCCCGCGCACCAGCAGCAGCGCUGCGGCCGGGCCGCGGCCGUCCUGCGACCGGCAGGAGGGCGCGCCUUUGCUCAGCGGUGUAGAGACAGCAGCAGCCGGCAGUAGCAGCGCUGCUGUUCAGGUCAAUGUCGGGGGUGGCGGCGCCGCCGCCACCGCAGUGCCGCAGACGUCGCGGGCUCGGCGGCGGCAGCCGUCAUCCACUCUGGCCACCACCCUGGUUUCAGCUCUGUCAGGCUUUGCCACCGCCCUCAGCGGAGCCUUGCCUGGCGAGGACUCGGCCACGGCUACGGCUGCUACUGCCGGCAACGUUGCAGACCGGCAGCGCUCACUGCCGCCGCCAUCCCGGUCGGCCGCACGACUUGGCCCCCAGCCACGCCAGCCGUCGACCGGGGCCCCGCCGGGCCGGGCGACAUCGGCCGGCGCCCCGCUGCCGCCCCCACAACCCUCACAGCCGCAGCCGCGGUCGCACCGGGCCCCCUCCCGCAGCCUCCACCACCGGCUGGAGCCCCAGUGCUCCAUUCCCAGCCGGAGCACCAGUGGGCUGUCGGCUGUGGACCUGCCCAUACUGCCGCACCGCUGGCUUCUGGAGCCAGCCGCAGCCGCCACCACACCUGCCGUCAACCGCAGCAGCGGCACCGUCGGCAGCUAUGGUGGUGGUGGUGGUGCCGCUGGCGGCGGCCCCACUGCGACUGAUGUGCACCAUGGUAGGGGUGUGGUAGCGAGGCGCCGUGAGGGGGACGCCGCCGCGGGCGCACCGGCGGGGCCCUGCCCUCCAGACACGGACCCGGACACCGACACGGACGCGGACGCGGGACGCAGAGGUGCCGGCGACGCAACCGCUGUGGUGAACAAAGCUACAGCCACUGCUGCAGCCACCGGCAUUGGCGCUGCUGAUGACGCGGCGCCGCUGCGGAGUGACGGCGGCUGUCGGAGCCUGGCUGGGGGUGCCGGGCUGGAAGGCGGUGGUGCGGGUGGUGGUGCGGGUGGUCGUGGUGAUGGUGGUGGCGAUGCGGCGGCGGAGGGCAGUGGCGCCACUGUGGCUGCCCAGGCCCAGCUGCUGACGGUACUGCGGACGGUGGGCAAGAACCCGCUGCUGUGGUCGCUGUUGGUGUCGCUGAUCGCCAACCUGUCCGGAUUACGGCGCUUUCUGGAUCCAGAAAGCCCCGCCUAUGUGGAGGGCCUGGGUUUCAUCGCAGAGCUGCUGCACUGGUUCGCCGGCACCGCCAUCCCCGUGUCGCUAGUCAGCAUCGGUGUGUGGAUGUACGGCAAGAGGCUGCCGUCCGCAGUGCUGAAGAGGGCCGGCCUGCUGCUGUGCCUCAAGGUGCUGGUGCUGCCGGCGCUGCAGGCCGCCUGCGGGCUGGCGCUGGGGCUGCCCACGCCCGCCGUCAUGGCGCUGACGCUGCUGGCGCUGUGCCCCACGGCCACCACCACAUUCGUCAUCGCCGCCCACUACGGCCACGGCGCAGAUGUGGUGUGUGCGGUGACGGUGGGCGGCACGCUGCUGCUGGUGCCCGUCAUGGUGGCGGCGCUGCAGCUGCCGCGGGCGCUGGGGGUGGACAUACAGCUGGCGGCGGCGGCGGUGGCGGCGGCGCCAGCAGGGGCGGGCGCAGAGGGGCGUUAGAGACUUAAGAGGAGGGAGGGACUAGGUGCAGGUGCAGGUGCACUGGCGCACUGGUGGAUGUGUGAUGGGACAGUGGCAAGGCAAGUUGAUAAAGUCCCGUAGGGUGCAGCUGAUUCCCAGAACCCAACAAAUGGCAUACAAUUAGCAGCGGCAGGGCAAGAGUGCGCGGCUGGUCGAACGCCGGAGUUACUGUACCGACGAGUUGCUGGCUGGCUGGAAGUUUGCUGACGCGCGUUCCUCACGCUCCGGGCGCACUGGUGGAAGGUUUGCAGGUGUGCAUUCAGUUGCAAGGUUCCUGCGUGCAUGCGGGGAAGCCUGUGCGGGCGGUAAUGGAGAUAAAAGCUGGUGAAGGCUUGCAGACAGCACGAUUAAACUCAGCCGGAUUCAAUGAAAUGGUGAUGUUAAACGCGCAAGUGAGAGCUGGUGACCACGGAUGAAACUACUAUGAUACCGUAGUACGUUUCGUACAAUGGCUGGAGAGGAAUGCGCGUUGUGAACAACACGCAUUGGUACCGGAGCCGUGGUGGCCUGUUGCCAUAAGAACACUCGCGGGAU